GGGGAGCCCGGAGCAGCAAAGAUCCUAGCUGCUGGAGCCCCGCGUCAAGUCGGGGCGUAACAGUCGUCUUCGAGAAGCCGAGCUCAGGUUGGCCUGCGGCGCGGGUGGGAAGAGGACUUGGGAGUGCGGUCCACCAGUUGGCAUCCUCUUCUAUAAGCUGCCGCCAUGACCCUGACGAAAGGCUCCUUCACCUACUCCAGUGGAGAGGAAUACCGCGGCGAGUGGAAAGAGGGCCGGAGACAUGGUUUUGGUCAACUGAUGUUUGCUGAUGGUGGCACCUACCUGGGUCACUUUGAGAAUGGGCUUUUUAAUGGCUUUGGGGUACUGACCUUCUCAGAUGGGUCAAGGUAUGAGGGGGAGUUUUCCCAGGGCAAGUUCAAUGGUGUCGGAGUCUUCAUUCGAUAUGACAACAUGACCUUUGAGGGGGAAUUUAAAAAUGGGAGAGUGGAUGGCUUUGGCUUGCUGACUUUCCCAGACGGUUCUCAUGGACUACCCCGCAAUGAAGGCCUGUUUGAGAACAACAAACUUCUGCGCCGUGAGAAGUGCUCCGCCGUGGUUCAGCGGGCUCAGAGCGCCUCCAAGUCAGCCAGGAACCUCACUGCCUGACGGAGCUCUGGGUGCAGUCGGAAAGUAUCUGUAAAGCAGUGGUGUCCCUUGUGUGCGUGCGAGGUGAACAAAUGAACCGGAAGUGAGAUGAGAAUGACCCUGAUGUCACAGCCUGAGAGGUGCUCUGUCCCCUGCCAGGCAGGAGUUCAGUGGCAGGCAAGAGUGGAGGGUUUUGGCCCCAGGACCCUACGGCGGUUAUGUCCUCCCUGGCCCUGAUGCGCUCAAGCACAGGGCCUGCCCCUCUGCCAUGUCAUUCCCAGGACCUUGGGUUUCCCAGUGCUGUGGCCUUCUCUCCAUCUGCUGUCAAGCCACAGGGAGCCUCUUCUUUCCACCCAGAUAAUCCCAGUCCUGUGUGCUGCCAUUGAAGAAGUCAGAGAAAGACAGGAGUGACAUAAAUCACAGCAGCUCUGUGAAGCCCAGGCCAGAGCUCUUCUGGGUGUUACCCACUCAUUCACUGCAUUUGGAGGCCUGGCUCUGGGCUGGUCUCUGUGUCUUCUUAUCCCUCCUCAGUGUAAGAGUGUGGUUUUCUUCUCCCUCGGCUUUACCUGACUCCUCCUUACCUGAGUUACAGCAGACAGCCCAAUCCCCCUCUGUGCCUCUCUCCUCCCUUAGAUGUCAGACAGGAUCCCUUUAUAGAAAGCCAUGUAAGAAACUAGUGUGAAGGAAACGUAUGGCCCACAUUUGUUACUCACUCCGGGGCAGAGGGCAACCCUAUCCGGGCAUCUGUGAAAUGAUCUGGAAUCGCACUGAGAGAGCAUUCCUUCCCAGUGUACCAUGAUCACACUCAUUGUCCCUUGCGUGUUCAAAGAUUUGGAUCCAUCCUAGUGUGAGCUCCAUUUGACUCAUGACUCUAGAAGCAAGAGUCUUGGCUCUCAGGCCUGGGACAGAUCUUCCUGCCAAAAUCAUCAUGACAGGGUCUCCAGUUAGCCUAGGUCCUAGCCCAGCCUGAGCCCUAGCCCCAGGCCCCAUCCUCAAAUCUCUCUCAGCAGCAGACUGUGGUGGAGAUUAUAGCUGUGUGCCUCUAUUUAUCAUCUGAUCCGUACUGUAGAAACAAGUGUUUAUAGGAAUAAACCAAUCACAGAACUGCCUAGAA